AUGUCUGAAAUCGACUUUACCAAAUUCUCCAACGUUGUAGGCGGUCUCCCGCGCACUUCUACCAGGUUCUACUCUGGUACGAAUGCAGCAACGGGCGAAUCUCUCUGGGAUGCUCCCAUUGCAACAGAGCAAGACGUUGAUGAUGCGGUUGCCGCCGCACGUAAAGCUUUUGGUCCUUGGGCUGCAAAGACAUACAAACAGCGUACUGAGCUACUCGAACAAUUUACAGACUUGUAUUUGGCACAUGCAAAUCAAUUUAUUGAGCUUUUGAGAGCAGAAACCGGAAGAGGAGCUCAGGUGACGGCCAUCGAGGUCCAUUGGGCGGCCAACUGGCUGAAAUAUCCAUCAAAGUACGAGAUUCCCGAGAAGAGACAGGAAGACGACGAGAAAGUCUCAGUCACCAGUUAUGAGCCUCUUGGCGUGGUGGCAGCUAUCUGUCCAUGGAACUUUCCUUUGAUGCUUGCAAUCGGCAAGAUCGCUCCAGCUCUAGCCACAGGAAACUGCGUAAUCGUGAAGCCUUCGCCUUUUACUCCGUAUACAGCGCUGAAACUAGUUGAACUGGCCCAGCAAGUGUUUCCUCCCGGCGUCGUUCAGGUUCUCGGAGGAGACGAUCACCUAGGCCCGCAGCUCGUCCGCCAUGCGGGAAUCCAGAAAAUAUCAUUCACUGGUUCGACCGUCGCUGGAAAGAAGAUUAUGGAAGCUUGUGCGGGUACAGCCAAGCGAGUGACUCUUGAAAUGGCCGGAAACAACGCAUCAAUUAUUCUUCCUGAUGUCGACGUUGAAAAAACAGCACCGUUGGUGGCUGCUGGUCUUUGGUUCAACGCUGGCCAAAUUUGUCUUGCGAGCCGACGAUUAUAUAUCCACGAGUCCAUAUACAAGGCAUUUGUUGAUGCCCUUACAAAGGCCACCAACAGCACUGCUGAGGAUCUCGUGGCCAACGUUGGUCCUAUCCAGAAUCAGAUGCAACUGAGAAAGCUAAAGGCGCUCUUCCGAGAUAUGCACGACCGUGGAUAUCGAUUUACAACGGAGAAAUCCGGGGUACAGGAUGGGCCGGGAUUCUUUGCGUUCCCAACCAUUGUGGAUAAUCCUCCAGCAGAUUCAUCCAUUAUCAGGGACGAACAAUUUGGCCCCAUCGUCCCAUGCGUUCCAUUUUCAGAUAUAGAGGAAGCAAUUCGCCUUGCCAACGAUAGCGAAAGCGGGCUGGCGGCGAGCAUCUGGACGAACAAACCGGACGUUGCCGAGAACAUUGCAAAGAGGCUUGAAGCAGGAAACAUUUUCAUCAACGGGCCUCCUAAGCCUGAUCCCUUUGUUGCAUUUGGAGGAUACAAGCAGAGUGGCAUCGGCGUGGAGUAUGGCCUUGAAGGAUUGCUUAGCUAUUGCCAGCUGAAGUCGAUAUACUACUAUCGUUGA